CGAGCUACACGCAUUGCUUAUAUGCUACUCAACAAACUUGGUCAUCGGGGUGAUGCUAGCCUUAAACCUCGAGAUCGGGUCGCUUUAGUAUACUUGAACAACGAUCCAAUUAGUUUUACUGUGGCUUUCUAUGGUUGUAUUCUUGCCAGUGUUGUGCCUCUAGCAAUUGAACUUCCCACCUCAGCCAGACUUAUAUCUUUUAUAUUCUCUGAUAAUUUUUAA